AUCAUUGCUCUGCACUGCCACAAGUUUCCCGCCACUUUUGUGGGUCCUUCUGUGCAUCAUGCUUUUUGACAAUCUCUGGUCAGGUACCUUAAAAUGCUCAAAUUCUAAAGCCCUUCUGAGUGCCACUAUCACUUUGAGAUUUGGGCUCGUCCACGAAGCUUCUGAAAGUAUUGUUGAUAUCAUAUCACACCUGGGUCCGUCACCUGCUCGCUUGAGAGGAUUUGCAGGUUUCUGUAAGACUGUCGUGGCGCACGUGAUCGUCAUCGUGCGGUCAAUAAAGAAGAGACACGCAGCACGCCAGAUUGCCAUUUGGCUGCGCAUACCUCUCAAAGUGUUGAGGGUUGACAAGGGCAGAGAUCUUCUAAAAGACAGUACUUAGUGCCGACGUUGUCUGUUGAGGCGGCAAGCUUGCUCAUCCGGAAUCCCCAGAAUGGCGGAGGAACCUGACGCUAAGCGUGCAAAGCUCUUGGAGGGGCGUUUUGGAGCAAUGCUGCCACCGAAAGGUCGGCCACCCUCCGCACUGAAUGAAUUCAAGUGCAACGCAAAUGAAGCCAUCACGUUCCACUUGGUAUACGCUGCUGAGCAGCUUGAUCUUUCUUCGGACACCAUGCCAGCCUCAGUCCCUCCUCGAGCGAGCUUCCAUCCGCUGAUGACGCACCAGCUCUUUGGAGACGACGAAAUCAUUAAAGGUUAUAAGAACCUGAAAGUGGACAUCUUUCUGCACGCAACCACUUUCUACGCCUAUCUCGACAUCAAGUACGAGGAGAAGCUGGAGAAGCUCAGCAGAAAGCAGCAGCCGGACAAUAUUUUAGAGAAGCUUAAGGUCUACUUUGAGAACGACAUCACUGAAGACCGCGAGGCGUUCGUCCGCUCCCUUCCCGUCUACAACGCAAUCAAUUUCCUUGACUUCGAGCCACAGACCCUGCCUGCGUCAACUUCUGCUCCCAGCACUAGUUCUUCUCACCCCUCUGAACUGUACGAAGUUGUGCAACUUCCGUUGGACAAGGAGGCGGUCCGCCAGUGGCACAAUCGCUUGCAGGUGUUCCUCAUAUUCUUCAUAGACGGUGGCAACUAUAUCGACACGGAGGAACGGGAUUGGGACCUUCUCGUGGCUUUGGAGCGGCCGUCGGAUUGGGAUGGCCGGUCGGGCAGCGCAAAGGUGGCAGGCUUCUGCACCGUGCGCAGCUUCUACUCGUACCCUGAAAGCACUAGGCUGCGGCUGAGUCAGCUAGUCGUCCUGCCAUCCUUCCAGAAGAGAGGACAUGGGUCCAGGCUGAUAGAAAGUGUGUACCAUCUGGCUCAGGAGCGAGGCUGCUAUGACGUCACCACGGAGGAUCCGACGGACGACAUGAACCAACUCCGGGACGAAGUCGACGUGAAGCGACUGCAGGAGCGGCCCGAGGUGAAAGAAGCCGUAGAACGAGCGCUGGCAGCGGCGGCAUCGCAGAAAGAGGAGUCCAGUGGAGCAACUGAAGGGGAGGCGCCUAAGCAAAAGAACCCGCUAGCCAUCAGCCCAAGCCUGCUCGAAGAUCUUAGGAAAAGCCUCAAAAUCAAUAAGAAGAACAUCAAGAAGUGCUGGGAGGUGCUCCUCUCGCUGCACCUAGAUAAGUCCCCCCCGGUCACGCGGGACGCGUUCCUGCGCCUGCAGUUGGAUCAUGGCGCGCGUCGGGCGGAAACGGCCGCGGGAGGGGGGGGACGGAGCAGAGGCUACGGAGGGGGGGGUGCGAACGGGCACGCGAAGGGGGGGUUGCUGAAGGCGCUACAGAAGGCGGUGCGGAAAGAGGAGGAAUCGGACGACGGAGGGGAGGGGUCCGAAGCGGAGGAGUCUGACGGGGGGGUGGCCGUGCAGAAGCAGACGCCGGAGGAGGCGGCGCGGGAGAAACAGGAGCAGCUGUUGCAAUUGUACGGGCGGCGAGAAGAGCAACUCAAAAAGCAUGCCAAGAAACUACUGUCGCACGGGUCUUGAGCUAAAGGCGUCACUGGCGGUGCUACAGAGUCGCUGCUUAUGCUUUGAGCAGUCAUGUGUACAAAGUGACGCGGAAAUGAAGGCCAGGUAAAGUAGACACGUCAACUUGAAGUAGCCCACUAUUGCUGUGUGGCCGGCAAUGGUUCUGCAAAAUUUUGACAGCUUUCGACGAACUUGCUGAUCGUAACACCAUACUUUGACAAGCUAAGUUCGAAUGUCUGAACAGUCCCGCAAGCAACUGUCUAGCUGUUGCAACAACUUAUCGUUGAGCUGCGGUCAGAUGUGCAGAUGUGGUCGCAACCACGUAUGGCUCGGUAAACAAGUCA